CAAAGCUACGCACGUUUCCCAAUGGCAAAGCCUAAUGAGGGAUUUUACUCGUGCACGUGAAAUUAAAUGCCAAGCAGCACCACUGGAUUUAACGACCCGCUCUCGACGCAUGAUCAAGGAUUUCAGCACUGGUUCUAAUUAUGAGGGCGAGUUCGACUAUAUGGGCAUGAAUGGCUAUGGAGAGUAUACAUUUCCCAAUGGAGUCCGCUAUGAAGGCAGUUUCAAAGACGGACGUAUGCACGGCAAAGGCUCCCUGCGCUAUGCUACCGAGGUCGGUACAUGCGUUAUUCGUGGCAGGUUCCAUAACGGCAUCAUGGUCGAGAGGUCACUGCUCUUCUCCGAUACCCUGGAGCAUAAUGAGGACAAUUGGAAGUACUGCUUGAUGCCUGAUAGAAGAUUCGCCGUAGAAUACGACAUAGAUUUGAUGCCAGCUGGCAAAUCAUUCCUGACUGCCGAUCAACCUACAAAAGAGAUACCCCCGGGUUAUUAUGACACGGGCGAUGGCUUCUACAAUCCAAUAACUAAAGUCAUAUGCAAGUAUGAGGAUCUCAGUGCCAUUACGAGAGCCCCAUCAGAGCGUGAGCAGCAAUGGAUACUAGAUAACUGUCGCAUUGGCACUGAGGCCCCUCUAGGUGCUCGGAUGGACCUGUACGAGCGAUGGUUGGAGCCAGCCUGGAUCCAGGCGCCACAACCGCCUCCGGCUGCUGGCAUCAAGACCUCUACUAUGACUUCCUUCAAGCGACAAUCUAUAAUAAGUACUUCUGAGUUCGACUAUGACAAGAAGCCAGCAUUCUACGACGCUGCAAAGACUGCUAAUUUGGAAGAAUUUAUGCCCAAGCGUAGAUUCAGGCUUGCUCAUGAUAAUAUCGGAUAAAAGAUUAUAAUUUUUCACGAAAGUAGGUAGGUAC